ACAUUCUGAUAGAUGUUCUCUAAUAUCGUUACAAACUCAACCCGCGUGUUUAAUUUUGUACUGUAUAAUAUACAAUUUAGACGUUUUUCCUCAAUUAUGUCAAAUAAAAGCUUAAAAAUCGGGACACACGAUGGACAAUUUCAUUGUGAUGAAGCCUUAGCUUGCUACUUACUGAAAAAACUGGAUGAAUAUAAAGACGCUGAAAUUGUUCGUACAAGAAAUCCUGAUAAAUUAGCAGAUUGUGAUAUUGUUGUUGAUGUUGGCGCUAUUUAUGACCACGACAAGAAAAGAUAUGACCACCAUCAAAGGGAAUUUGCUCAUUCAUUGAAAUCGCUUGAUAUAUCUCUACCCUAUGUUACGAAGUUAAGUAGUGCAGGCUUAAUUUAUUAUCACUAUGGAGAAGGAAUAAUACGUAAUGAAUUGAAAAAGGCUGGAAUGGAAAAUUUGACUCGUUGUUUAUUCAUCAAAAUGUAUGAAAAUUGUAUUGAAGAGGUUGAUGCCGUUGACAAUGGAAUUUCGAUUGCUGAAGGAACUACAAGAUAUAAAUGUAACAGCGCCAUAUCGUCUAGAAUAUCUUUUUUGAAUCCAAGAUGGAAUGAAGAAAGCAGCCCAGAAGACUCUGAUAAGCGAUUCGAGAGCGCUAUGAAGCUUGUUGGAGAACAUUUUGAUGACAGACUGGACUACUAUAUCACUUCUUGGAUUCCAGCAAGAUCAAUUGUUGAAUCUGCAUUUCACGAUCGAUUUAAAGCUCAUGAAUCUGGUGAAAUUUUGGUUUUUACAAAAGGUUGCUGCCCUUGGAAGGAGCAUUUAACCGAAUUGGAAGAAGAGGAAGGCGUUGGUGACCUAGUAAAAUUUGUACUCUUUACAGAUCAGCAUGGUCAUUGGCGUGUUCAGUCAGUCCCUAAGGAAGUAAAUAGUUUUGAAAGUAGAAUCCCUUUACAUCAAGACUGGAGAGGUUUGAGAGACGAUGUAUUGAGUCAAGUCUCUGGAAUAGACUCUUGUAUAUUCGUUCAUGCGUCCGGUUUUAUAGGAGGAAACAAAACUUAUGAAGGAGCAAUAAAAAUGGCUCUAAACACAAUAAAAGCUGUGAAUCAGUAAAUGUUUAGUGUUUAUUGUAUGUAAUAUACGGUCUUUGUUUAAAUACAUAAAGAAAAUGUUAAAUAUUAACUGUUUUAUUUAUUAAAGCG